AACAACGCGGUGACCAAUCAACUUCUUGCUCUUUCGGAGUAUAUACAUUGUAUGUAAAGAAGUGUGAGGUUACGGAGGUUAUGUUUUGUCGUCCGUAUAUUGCUGUGUAUGUAUUUUGAAAUAGCUAUACUCGUGCUUUCUCGAUUCGAAUCUACAUUUUCCAUAUAUUAUGUAAGAUAAUGCGGUACUUGUCUCAAGUGAGAAUGACGGAAGCGUUAUUCUAAUAUAAAGUCAUGUGCAAACUUAAAGAAUGGUUGUCACGCCACGAAAGAUGAAACAGGUUGUGAUAUUCGUAUCUUGCGUAUUGCUGGUAUUGGGAUUUUACAAAACUUUGGUAACAACCGAAGAACGAUCUUUUAGACGUGGCCGACAUCGUGUCAUAGUCAGUGAAAACAAGAUCAGUUUAGAUAACAAGAAUGAAAUUAUCGAGGCGCAAAAAGUUCGCAAUGUCGUCGAGGACUCGUCAGAUAUCAAAGAUAUCGAGGAAGCAAAAAUUCGCAUUCGAGAGCUGGAAGGCAAGCUUCAGCAUUUGGAAGCGGCGAUUAAAAACGGAGUGGCAAAGGACUUUCCGAUCGUGAAGUUCUUGAAUUACAAGAAUCGGAAGCGAAUAUUGGUGACUGGCGGCGCGGGUUUUGUCGGUUCUCAUCUGGUGGAUCGUUUGAUGCUGGCUGGGCACGAAGUGAUAGUCGUCGAUAAUUUCUUUACUGGCAGAAAGCGGAAUGUAGAACAUUGGAUCGGUCAUGAAAAUUUCGAAUUGGUGCAUCACGAUAUCGUGAGGCCGCUCUAUUUAGAAGUAGACGAGAUCUAUCAUCUCGCCAGUCCUGCUAGUCCGCCGCACUACAUGUUAAAUCCCGUAAAAACGAUAAAAACAAAUACUUUAGGGACUAUUAACAUGUUAGGACUCGCAAAACGGGUCGGUGCGCGAGUAUUAAUUGCAAGCACGUCGGAAGUAUACGGAGAUCCUAAUGAGCAUCCUCAGGCAGAAACUUACUGGGGUCAUGUGAAUCCCAUUGGUCCAAGAGCAUGCUAUGACGAAGGAAAACGGGUUGCUGAAACAUUAAGCUACGCCUAUAUGAGACAGGAGGGUGUUUCAGUUCGAGUUGCGCGAAUUUUCAAUACUUUCGGUCCGAGAAUGCAUAUGAAUGACGGUCGAGUUGUGUCAAACUUUAUUCUUCAAGCCUUACAGAAUGAAUCAAUCACAAUUUACGGCAGUGGAAAACAGACGCGAUCGUUUCAAUACGUUUCUGAUUUAGUGGACGGUCUGGUCGCAUUAAUGGAAUCGAAUUACACUUUGCCAGUAAACAUCGGAAAUCCCGUGGAGCAUACGAUCGAACAAUUUGCGCUCAUAAUAAAAAAGUUGGUAGGUGCCACCAGUGAAAUAGUUGAACGCGCGGCAGUCGAGGACGAUCCGCAGAGACGAAGACCUGAUAUCAGCAGAGCAAAACAAUAUUUGAACUGGGAACCGAAAGUCUCUUUGGCUGAAGGUUUGAAAAAAACCAUAGAAUACUUCGACAAGGAAUUGCAAAGGACACAACAUUCUCAGAAUCACAGUUUUAAACAGUCUUCUUAUAAAAAUGAUCAUGAUAUAGUAGAACAACUUUAGAGGAAAACAAGUGUAAUGAUACUACUAAUGUAUCCACUUACGAAAGUGGCGUGAAAGUGCCAUUAAGAUACGGACCAGUAUGUGCCAAAACCCCGUCCAAAAUGUUUGACUUGUAUAUAAUUUGAUUUAUAUAUAUACAUAUAAUCGCAUCUCUUCAUCAUUUAUACAUAUAUUUUGUUUCAUAUUUUUCAUUUUAUCGCUUAAAUUGAGAACAUACGUGUAUUAGUCCCUUAUAAAAGUAAUUAUUCUAUAAAUGUAUUUUUUUCAUAAUUAUCAUAAAAAACUAUCAGCUUUAGUGCGAGCGUAUGCAAAGAAGGAAUUAUACAUAUUAUAUAUAUAUAUAUACAUAUAUAUAUAUAUUAUUUAUUUGCUGUUGAUAUUGUGUGUACAAAGUAGCGCCAAUCAUUAUCUUUCUAUGCAUAUAUAUUUUAGGAGGACGGUAGUAUUUGAUUUUUAUCUCAUAUUUGUAGAUAUACGUAUAUGUUCAUAAAUUUCUAUAAAAAAAACUUCUGUCCGAAAGAAGUUAACGCUGGUGAUAUAGAACAGAAAAUGUUUGCUUUUUGUAAUAUAUUGUGUGUUAAAGAGAAAUCGUAAAAGUAAAGUCAAUUUGCUCUCAAAAAAAUAGCUCAUAUAUAAAAAUAUUUCUAAUUAAAAAAGUUAUAUUUAUAGUUAUAUUAAAUAUUUAUAUAGUUUUAAGAGAAGAAAUUGUUCAGUUUUUGUUUUUUUCUCUCAUAGCAACAAUAGUAGAGUAACACUAUCGAAGAUGUACUUGUAUAAUAAAACAUUAAGAAAUUAUUAAGCUUAUAGGUAUAAAGUUACUUAAACGUAACAAUGAUGAAAGUUUGCGACUUCUUGUUUGCGAUACUAACACAAAUAGUGUUAGAAACAUAAUAUGUGUAAUAUAUUAGCGUAAUCGUAAAUGUGUGAGACUGUAAUAACAAACUACGUAUGUAUAAACAAGAAAGUAAUUUUAUAUUUUAUACAUAUAAUAAGUAGAACAGAAGAAAUAAAAUUAUCACUUUUAAUGUA